AGCAAGACUGAACAAAAAAAGGUGUGGCCCAAACCUUUGUUUUUGGUUGGUUGAAAACCCAAUAUCAAGUUUAGUUUUUUAGGUAAACGCCGCAAUACUUAAUCCACGUUAUUCGAUCCUUACUUCACUUUCUAGUUUCUAGACCCUUCCACUCACUUCCACAAAUCUCCAAACCCCAAAACACAAAUUCCAAUUCCAAAUCCAAAAUUUCACUCUUUCUUCUAAACAUUCACAGCUAAACCCAGCCACUAAUACUCACCGUUAGAUGGCGAAAUACGGCGAAGGAGAUAAACGGUGGAUCGUAGAAGAAAGACCAGACGGAACCAACGUUCACAACUGGCACUGGUCGGAAACCAACUGUCUAGAAUGGUCUAGAACCUUCUUCACCGACCUUCUUUCAAAUCUCGUUAUUCUUAACGGCGAAGGUAACCUCUUCAUCAAAACCACCACAAUUCGAAGCCUCGGCGGCGAAGCUUACAUUAAUAUCCGUAAAGGGAAAAUCAUUCCAGGUUAUGAAAUUAACCUAACUGUUUCAUGGGAAGGUGAAGCUAAAGAUUCUGAUGGAAAUUCUUUGCAUAAGGUUAAUGGUAGUAUUGAAAUUCCUUAUAUUUCUGAUGAAAAUGCUGAUGAGGAUCCUGAUCUUAGGGUUAUUGUUGAAGAUGAUGGACCAAUUGGGAAGAGGAUUAAGGAUGCUAUGUUUUCGAAAGGGAAAGGUUUGAUUUUGGAGAAAAUUAGGGUUUGGGUUCAGAGUAUGGCUAGAGGUGGUCCUGUUAAGGAAGAAUUACCGGUGAAGCAGAAUAAUGCACCAGUGAUCGUUGCGGCGGCGGUGGUGAAGAAUGAUUCUGUUAAGAAGGAGAGUGCGGUGGAGAAGAAGAAGGAGAAGAAGGAGGAGAGUAAGAAGGGAAGGAAGAGGAUUGUGAUGACGGAGAAGUUUAAUUGUAGGGCGAAGGAUUUGUUUGAGAUAUUGAUGGAUGAGAAUAGGUGGAAGGGUUUUACGCAGAGUAAUGCUAGGAUUAGUAAAGAGGUUGGUGGUGAGAUUAGUAUUUUUGAUGGGUCUGUUACUGGAAGUAAUUUGGAGUUGCAAGAAGGUAAGUUGAUUGUGCAGAGAUGGAGAUUUGGGAGUUGGAAUGAUGGUGAUCAAUCUCAGGUGAGGCUUGUUUUUGAGGAGCCUGAACCAGGGGUUACAGUUGUUAAGCUGACGCAUACUGAUGUACCUGAGGAAGAUAGGUAUGGGAAUGCUACUGUGGUGGAGAACACUGAAAGAGGAUGGCGGGAACUUAUUUUCCAAAGGAUACGUGCUGUUUUCGGUUUUGGAAUUUGAGUGUUUUUCAAUUAGUCUGUCUUGCUGGAUUGUAGUCUUGUAGAAUUUGUGGAUUUUGAUAUUUACUGAUAUUUACAAGGAAAUAUUUAUGGAUUCACAUUGGAUAUUGAGAAUUGCAAUUGCAAUGGUUACUAUUGCAUUA